AUGGCGUGCUCAAAACGGGUUGGUGUCCUUGGGGGCGGUCAGCUAGGACGAAUGCUGAUGGAGUCUGCAAACCGACUCAACAUUCAAAUGAACAUUCUCGAUGCAGACCGAGCUCCCGCAAAGCAAAUCAGUGCCCAUGGUGAUCAUGUUAUCGGGUCAUUUAUGGACCGCGAAUCUGUGCGCGAACUUGCAGAAGUCAGUGAUGUAUUGACAGCAGAAAUUGAACAUGUCGAUACUCGUGCGCUGGAAGUGGUUUCAUCGCUGGUUGAGGUAGAGCCAAGUUUUCAGAGUAUUCGCACCAUUCAAGAUAAAUUCAGACAAAAAGAGCAUCUGGCGAAAUUUGGAAUUCCACAGGCGGAAUAUCGUGAGUUAAAAGCUGGUACGGCAGAGGAGUUGGGUGCGAUUGGCGAGGAGCUUGGGUUUCCUUUGAUGUUAAAGGCGAGGAGGGGCGCGUAUGAUGGUCGAGGUGAGAUCUAUGGAGGCGUUGACAUUGAAUUUAUGUUAUUGAUGUCUUGGGAAUGCCGGCUGAACAUGCAUGGUAGGCAAUUAUGCUGUAAAGACCAAAGAGGACAUACCGAAAGCACUGGACGCACUCGAAGGCCGUCCGCUUUAUGCGGAGAAAUGGGCCAAUUUCGUUAUGUUCAGGAGGACUCAAUAUGCAAGUUGGUCUAUGCUCCAGCAAGAAAUGUCUCCAGUGAAAUCAACCAAAAGGCACAAAAACUUGCAAGAGAUGCAGUCGCCGCUUUUGAAGGCAAAGGCGUCUUUGGAGUAGAAAUGUUUCUCUUGGAAGAUAAUUCUAUUUUGCUGUGCGAACUUGCCAGCCGCAUUCACAAUUCAGGGCAUUAUACCAUUGAGGCUUGCCCAUUAUCACAGUUUGAUACCCAUUUACGCGCUAUUUUAGAUCUUCCGAUCCCUCAGAAGAGUCUUGAACUACGUCAGCCAGCAAUCAUGUUGAAUAUCCUGGGCGGGUCGACCCCGGAUGCUCACCUCAAGGACGCUGAAUUUGCUCUCUCUAUUCCGAACGCAAGCGUUCAUUUAUAUGGAAAGGGUGCUGGCAGGCUAGGACGAAAAAUGGGGCACGUUACGGUCACGGCUCCUACCAUGCGCGAGGCGGAGGAAUUAAUCCAGCCUCUUAUUUCUCGUACAUGUGGGCCGAGGGCUGGGACCUCAUCCAAACCGCAACCAACGGUCGGCGUAGUCAUGGGUUCAGAUAGCGAUUUAAAGACGCUCGUACCUGGGCUCAAACUUCUCGAAGAAUACUUUGGCAUCAAACCUGAGGUAGAUAUUACCUCGGCGCAUCGCACACCCGACUACAUGGCCGAGUACGCUUCUACGGCAGCUUCACGAGGGAUCAAGGUCAUCAUCGCUGCUGCAGGUGGAGCUGCACAUCUCCCUGGAAUGGCGGCGGCCCAUACCUCACUACCACUCAUUGGAGUGCCGGUGAAAGGAAGUGCUCUCGACGGAGUUGACAGUCUGUAUAGCAUCGUGCAGAUGCCUCGAGGCGUCCCGGUAGCGACAGUGGGCAUCAAUAACAGCAUCAAUGCAGCUUUACUAGCAGUUCGGAUUCUUGGUUCUUACGACGAGGGCUUACGGAAGAAAGUAGAAGCAUACGCCAAUGCGGCGAAGGACGAAAACCUUGACAUAAAGGGAAGUAACUAUGGAGUACGGCCUGGACCACCAACGCACAAGGGCCUGCUUAGUCACCUGUCCGAGACCGUCAUCGAAAUCCUAAUCGAUGCUGUGAACCGAAGAGAGGAGUUCAACCUUCAGGCGUCUUGCAUCAUAGACCCUUUUGCUUUCAAUUAUAUUUUCGCAAUGGCGUCGAACGGAGGUCCAGUGAGAGGGUACAAAUUCAGCGAGAAGGACCGGAAACCUACAAAGAUCCGACUCAAGAAGGCCGCUGCUAAGGCGGCGAAUGGAACUAAGGAAUCCGAACCAGGAAACGCUGACUCCGGACGUUCAUCUCCGAUCCUCCCCGUAAUGGAUCAGAAAACCAUGGCAUCGUUCCCCACCGGUAAACCGAGAGAAACGCAGCUAGAGACUGUUAUAUGCAAACACUGCAAGAGACCAGUUUUGAAACAAACAGCUGCUGAGCACAUUCGGGGCUGUCUACGAGCAAAGCAAGAAAAGGCGCGUAAAAAGAAAGAAGCCAGGGACGCGAACCGGGCCAAGGAGAAGGCGGAUAAGGAAGGGAACGAUGACGAUGGAGAUGGAGCUAUGAAGGGACAAAAGAGUGCGAAAAAACAUGUUGGAGAGGAUGGCCCCAAGAAAGGGAAAAAGAGGAAGGCUGACGAUGACGAUAAGGAACCGAAGAAGAAAAAGAAGAAAGACGAGCCUAAGCCAAAGGUCCCGAAAUUGAAAGGGCCUGUCGACGUGGAGAAGCAAUGUGGUGUCGUAUUGCCGAACGGAGGCCAGUGUGCGAGAUCGUUAACUUGCAAAAGUCAUUCUAUGGGCGCGAAGAGGGCCGUCCCGGGCCGGUCUUUGCCAUACGAUAUGCUGUUGCAGGCAUAUCAGAAAAAGAACCAAGCACGACAGCAAAGUAAGAUCCCGUUUGUUUGUUUUCAAUGGAAGUUACCCAUGAUGUUGAUACCCCCUAUAGAAGCUGCUAUCGAUGCAAAUGCUCCUGUGCACGACGAAUUGGACGGGAAUGGGCCUAUUGACUCAGACGAAGAGAAAGACGCUGUGAUGGCUGGGCUUGCAAGGUCACGACCUCAGCCUUUGGUGACACAUCCUCUUAUCCAUACGCGGAAAAAAUAUCAUCUCGUCCGUAUGAAAGAGAUGCUCUCUCAAGUAUUGGGUAGUGGAAGUCUUUUCUCGCCCGUUGAUAGCAAUUUUCAAGGCAGAAGCCUUUUUCAACAACCCGAACCCGUAUCCUUUGCUUCUCCUACGCUCGGUACUACCGGAGACCUUUCUGCGCAGCCGGUAGACUCGUCCAGGAAGCCGUCGCUUUCACAACAGUCACAGGGCCGGAUAGGUUAG